AUGAACCAAACGAAGCAAGCUGAGAAAGACAGGAUCACGAAUAUGAACCAAACGAAGCAAGCUGAGAAAGACAGGAUCACGAAUAUGAAGCACACGAAGCAAGCUGAGAAAAACAGGAUCACGAAUAUGAACCACACGAAGCAAGCUGAGAAAGACAGGAUCACGAAUAUGAACCAAACGAAGCAAGCUGAGAAAGACAGGAUCACGAAUAUGAACCAAACGAAGCAAGCUGAGAAAGACAGGAUCACGAAUAUGAACCAAACGAAGCAAGCUGAGAAAGACAGGAUCACGAAUAUGAACCAAACGAAGCAAGCUGAGAAAGACAGGAUCACGAAUGUGAACCAAACGAAGCAAGCUGAGAAAGACAGGAUCACGAAUCUGAACAAGAACAACAGAGAGCAGCUGGACAAGAACAACAGAGAGCAGCUGGACAAGAACAACAGAGAGCAGCUGGACAAGAACAACAGAGAGCAGCUGGACAAGAACAACAGAGGGCAGCUGGACAAGAACAACAGAGGGCAGAUGGACAAGAACAACAGAGAGCAGCUGGACAAGAACAACAGAGAGCAGCUGGACAAGAACAACAGAGAGCAGCUGGACAAGAACAACAGAGGGCAGAUGGACAAGAACAACAGAGGGCAGAUGGACAAGAACAACAGAGAGCAGCUGGACAAGAACAACAGAGAGCAGCUGGACAAGAACAACAGAGAGCAGCUGGACAAGAACAACAGAGAGCAGCUGGACAAGAACAACAGAGAGCAGCUGGACAAGAACAACAGAGAGCAGCUGGACAAGAACAACAGAGGGCAGCUGGACAAGAACAACAGAGAGCAGCUGGACAAGAACAACAGAGAGCAGCUGGACAAGAACAACAGAGGGCAGCUGGACAAGAACAACAGAGAGCAGCUGGACAAGAACAACAGAGGGCAGAUGGACAAAAACAACAGAGAGCAGAUGGACAAGAACAACAGAGGGGCAGCUAGACAAGAACAACAGAGAACAGCUGGACGAACCAUCUAA